AUCGAGUUCUGUGAACUAGUGGAACAAUUUGCAGUUCUAUAUGAUUACAGACGAUCGGAUUAUUGCAACAGAAGUGCACAAGACCAGGCAUGGGAACAAAUAUAAAAAAAAAUCAGUGCAAAUGGGCAAAACUACAAACAAAAUCAGGACAAGGAGCUAAACGAUUAUUAUCUGGCCCCACAUCUCUUCUUGGAUCCUUUCUUGAAGUCUCGCAAAAGCAAAGGCAACAUAGCUGAAGAGUCUGCAUUAUCAGCUGAUGAGGAAGCUAAUUAAUAUGAAGAAAACGGCAACAUUGAGGUUCAAUCAACCGAUUACAUUCUAUCCACUCAUUCCUCUCAUUCACCUAUACCAUCUCCCAGUACUUCUGUCGAUGAUCACCUGUUAGCAAUGAAAGCACCUAAGAUACCAUCACGGAAAGGAGAUGAUUUAAGAAAAAAAAAGGAGUUAGCAACCUCUAUCAAUGAUAUCAACCAGCAAGCUUAUCAGUAUUUUGAGAAAAAACAGAAAGUACUGGAGAUCCAGAACGUCACGAAAACAAAUACCACAGUUGAUCCUCCUGAUCCUGACCUGGCAUUUUUACACAGUGUUCUGCCUGACAUAAAGUCUAUGAAGUCUAACCAGAAACGGCGUUUCAAAAUGGGCAUUUUAAAUUUGGCCGAGCAAAUACUAUCCUCAACCAGUCUGGAAGCUACUACUCCACCAAUGGAUGGUUCUCAAUCUUGGGUUGAAGAUUCGGUGAAUAGAAAUCCAGGUUCAAUCUCGCAAACCAACAAUAUGACUGAGUUUAUACGAUACAAUAAUUAAUACCUG